AUGCAGCAACCACCCUCCUCCAUGGAUGAGGACAACCACCAUGGCACGCACGUGGUCGAGUUCUCCGUCGCCUACUCAGGUGCGGUGCUGGACCAAGGACCUCCGCCUCAACAGAUCCUAGCUUGGAUAAACUUGUUUGGCUGUAGCGUGGGAAGUCCGAUCAUUUGCUGCUCAAAAUCCGACAAAUUGGAGGAGGAAUGCGCGAGAAGCAAUUCUAUCAUCAAUGGCAAGCUCAAUGAGAUGAACCAUACAUGCGAGGAACCUCCCAGGCGCAGCAACUCCUCCGUCCAAGUUGACCGCUGGGCGUCGUCCACCCUGUUGGCUACCAGGAUGUACGAGGGGAUGAUCGACAGUCUCGAUGGACCGGACGCCAACAUGCCGAUGAGGCUGAGAGCCACAAACAGAACAAUGAAUUCAAGGUUUUGCAGGAUCCAACGUGUCGCUAAGGCUGGCUGUAUGAUUGACGCGGACUACCGUGGCCCGGUGGGCAGUGUGCUCUUCAACGACUUGGACGUGGACUUCGCCGUGAAGACCGGCGACCGUGUCGCACAGAUGAUCAUCCAGAUGUUCACUAUUGUAUCCAUGAAUGCUGCAAGUGUUAAAGAUGGUUCUGUGACCUGA